UGGACGCAGUCAAACAUAUUAAAAAUGAGAAUAUUUCAGAGUGCACAGCGCGUUGUCUUUGCGAAUGGAUCAAUUAACUCCGUAAGGGGAGCUUCUUUUCAGGCUUUGGCCAAUCCAACCGAUGAUGCAGUCACUGAAGUUCGACCCUACAAGGACAUACCGCGUCCUAGUAAAUUCGAGUUCGUAAGGGCAUUUCUGCCAGGCGGAGAAUUUCACAAACUCUCCAUUGUGGAUUAUGCAGUAGCGAUGAGAAAACGAUAUGGUGAUAUAUUCAUAAUGCCUGGAAUAUUCGGCCGCCAGGAUAUGGUCACCACUUUCAGUCCCAAGGACAUGGAGAUGGUUUUCCGCAAUGAGGGAACUUGGCCGCAACGAGAUGUCUUCCCUUCGUUGACCUAUUACCGGACUUACAUAAGAAAUGAUUUCUAUGGAGAAAAUAUUGGUAUAGUGUCCGCCCAAGCCGAAGCUUGGGGUAAAAUGCGAUCAGCCCUCAAUCCAAUUUUCAUGCAACCCAAGGGUCUAAAAACAUAUUAUGAACCACUUUCAAACAUCAAUAAUGAGUUUAUUGAGCGUAUUAAAGAAAUACGAGAUAGCAAAACCCUUGAGGUUCCUGAUAACUUUGUGGAGGAAAUAAGCCGCUUGAUUUUUGAAUCCCUUGGCUUGGUGGCCUUCGAUCGCCAAAUGGGUUUGAUCAGGCAGAAUAGAAAUAAUCCCGAUGCCUUGAGGUUGUUUAAAUUAACAAAAGAGUCGCUCAGAUAUGUCUUCAAGGUGGAUUACCAACCGUCGUUGUGGAAAUAUAUAUCCACUCCAACGUUUAGGAAAAUGAUGAGGCUUCUCGAUGAGAGUUUGGAAGUGUCGCAGAAAUUGCUUAAGGAAACCCAAGACUCCCUGGAGAAACGGCGACAGGCGGGCGAGCAAAUAAAUAGCAACAGCAUGCUGGAGCGGAUGAUGGAGGUGGAUCCCAAACUGGCGGUGAUCAUGAGCAUGGACACCAUGUUCGCGGGUGUGGAUGCCACAACUAAUCUCUUGUCAGCUGUGCUCCUCUGUCUGGCCAAGAAUCCCGAGAAGCAAGCGAAGCUGCGGAAGGAGCUUCUUAAGAUAAUGCCCACCAAGGACUCCCCCCUCAACGAGCAGACCAUGAAGGACAUGCCUUAUCUGAGGGCAGUGAUCAAGGAAGCCCUGCGCUACUAUCCCAAUGGCCUGGGAAACUUUCGCAUUUGUCCCACAGACGUCACUCUCUCCGGAUACAAUGUGCCCAAGGGCAGCAAUGUAGUCCUCGGAUCCAAUGUUCUGUUGCAGGACAACAGCUACUAUCCGCAGGCUGAGAAGUUCCUCCCAGAACGCUGGCUAAGGGAUCCCGAGACUGGGAAGAAGACCCCCAUCAAUGCAUUUAGUUUCUUGCCAUUUGGUUUCGGUCCUCGCAUGUGUAUUGGUAAAAGAUUGGUGGAUCUGGAAAUCGAGACGAGUGUUGCCAAGUUGAUAAGAAACUUCCAGGUGGAGUUCAACUACGAUGCCAGUCGCCCUUUUAAGACUUUCAUCUUUAUGGAAGCGGCUAUUCCCUUCCGCUUUAAGUUCAGCGAUAUCGACCAUAGCAAGUGUGAUACGAUAAAUAUGAAUAUUUUGCAGACAGCACAGCGGGUGGCCCUCACAAAUGGUUCCAUUCAGUCUGUGAGGGCAGCUUCUGGGCAGGCACAGGUUUUUGCCAAUGUAACCGAUAAUGUAACUACCCAAGCUAGACCUUAUAAGGAGAUCCCACGUCCUGGGAAGAUAGAGUUCAUAAGGUCGUUCAUGCCGGGCGGCGAGUUCCAUGAUGUCUCUAUUGUGGAUUAUGCGGCAGCGAUGAGAAGUCGUUAUGGGGAUAUCUUUAUAAUGCCCGGAAUGUUCGGACGCAAAGAUUGGGUGACCACGUUUAGUACCAAGGAUAUAGAGAUGGUAUUCCGCAAUGAGGGAAUUUGGCCCGAACGAGAAAUGUUCGCCUCGUUUCAACAUUACCGGACUAAAAUAAGGCCAGACGUCUAUGGAGAACAUCCUGGUCUUGUGGCGUCACAAGCGGAGACCUGGGGGAAAAUUCGAUCAGCCCUCAAUCCAAUUUUCAUGCAACCCAAGGGCUUGAGAACCUACUACGAGCCGCUUUCCUAUAUCAACAAUGAGUUUAUUGAGCGAAUCAAGGAAAUACGAGAUGGUAAGACCCUAGAAGUUCCUGAUGACUUCAUGGACGAAAUGAGACGACUGAUUUUCGAUUCCCUUGGCUUGGUGGCCUUCGAUCGCCAAAUGGGUUUGAUCAGACAGAAUCGGGACAAUCCCGAUGCUCUAGUUCUGUUCAACAUGGCAAGAAAAGUGCUCCAAUAUGUCUUCGAAUUGGAUGUCAAGCCAUCGAUGUGGCGGUAUAUCUCAACGCCUGCGUAUAGGAAAAUGAUGAGCGUACUCGACGAGUCCUUGUUGGCUGCGCAGAAUAUGUUGAGGGAAACCCAGGAGUUGUUGGAAAAACGACGUCAGUCAGGAGAAGAGGUGAAUAGCAAUAGCAUGCUGGAGCGGAUGAUGGACGUGGAUCCGAAACUGGCUGUUGUCAUGAGUUUGGACAUUCUGUUUGCCGGAGUCGAUGCCUCGUCUAAUUUAUGGUCAGCUGUGCUGCUUUGUCUGGCUAAGAAUCCCGAAAAACAGGGCAAACUGCGAGAGGAACUCCUGAAGAUUAUGCCCACCAAGGACACCCUUCUUAACGAGGAGACCAUGAAGGAUAUGCUUUAUCUGAGGGCAGUGAUAAAAGAAGCCCUGCGAUAUUAUCCCAAUGGUUUGGGCAACUUGCGAAUUUGCCCCACAGACGUCACUCUCUCUGGUUACAAUGUGCCAAAGGGCACUAACUUGGUUUUGGCAUCAAAUAUUCUUAUGCAUGACAAAAACUAUUAUUCGGAACCUGAGAGGUUCCUGCCGGAACGCUGGCUAAUGAAUCCCGAGACUGGAAAGAAAACACCGAUCAAUCCUUUCAGUUUCUUGCCAUUUGGCUUCGGACCUCGCAUGUGUAUUGGCAAAAGAUUGGUGGACCUGGAAAUCGAGACGAGUGUGGCCAAGUUGAUAAGGAACUUUCAGGUGGAGUUCAACUACGAUUCUAGUCGUCCCUAUAAAACUUCCUUCCUCAUGGAACCGGCCAUUCCUUUCCGCUUUAAAUUCAGUGAUAUCGACCAAACAGGUUUUCAGUUGAGCACGAGAAUGAUUACCCUGAACAGUGCGCGAUCUAUUGCGAUUUUCGUAGGCCCCGUUCGAUCUCUGAGAUCAGCCUCCGCCUUGGCACAAACUCAGAUAUCUGAGGAAACCAAGCCCUACAAUGACAUCCCACGUCCCAACAAAUUUAAAUUCAUGAGGGCUUUCAUGCCUGGAGGGGAGUUCCAAAACGCAUCAAUAACGGAAUACACCUCUACUAUGCGAAAGCGUUAUGGAGAUAUCUAUAUAAUGCCUGGAAUGUUUGGCCGCAAGGAUUGGGUGACCACAUUUAGCACCAAGGAUAUAGAGACGGUUUUUCGCAACGAGGGUAUCUGGCCACAUCGCGACGGUCUGGAUUCGAUUGUUUAUUUUCGCCAACACGUUAGACCAGAUGUUUAUGGAGAGAUUCAGGGUCUGGUUGCUUCACAAGACGAGACUUGGGGCAAACUGCGUUCAGCCAUCAAUCCCAUUUUCAUGCAACCAAGGGGACUGAGAAUGUACUACGAACCCCUGUCGAACAUUAACAAUGAGUUCAUAGAGCGAAUUAAGGAGAUCCGCGAUCCCAAGACCCUGGAAGUACCCGAGAAUUUCACGGAUGAAAUCUGUCGAAUGAUUUUUGAGUCACUGGCCCUGGUGGCAUUCGAUCGACAAAUGGGUUUGAUCAGAAAGAACCGCGAUAAUCCCGAUGCAUUAACCCUCUUUCAGACCACGAGGGAUAUCUUUCGGUUGACAUUCAAGCUGGACUUUCAGCCCUCUAUGUGGAAGAUUAUUUCGACACCCACUUACAGGAAAAUGAAAAGAACCCUCAACUCCAGUUUGGAUGUGGCCCAGAAAAUGCUGAAGGAAAAUCAGGAGGCGCUGGAAAAGCGUCGCGAAGCGGGUGAAAAAGUAAACAGCAACAGUAUGCUAGAGAGGUUGAUGGAGAUCGAUCCCAAAGUGGCAGUGAUCAUGGGUUUGGACAUCCUUUUCGCCGGUGUGGAUGCCACUUCAACACUUCUUUCCGCGGUUCUACUAUGUCUUUCAAAACACCCUGAAAAGCAGCAGAAACUGCGAGAGGAGCUUUUGAGGAUCAUGCCCACAAAGGAUAGCCUUCUCAACGAGGAUACCAUGAAGGAUAUGCCCUAUUUGAGGGCUGUGAUCAAAGAGACCCUGCGAUACUAUCCCAAUGGUUUGGGAACCAUGCGCACAUGCCAAAAUGAUGUGAUACUUUCCGGUUAUACGGUGCCCAAGGGAACAACUGUUCUACUUGGUUCCAAUGUCCUGAUGAAAGACAGCUCGUUCUAUCCGCGACCAGAUGAGUUUUUACCAGAGCGAUGGCUAAGGGAUCCGGAGACGGGUAAGAAGAUGCAGGUCAGCCCCUUCACAUUCUUGCCCUUUGGCUUUGGACCCCGCAUGUGUAUUGGCAAAAGAGUGGUGGACCUGGAAAUGGAGACCACUGUGGCCAAACUGAUUCGCAAUUUCCACGUGGAGUUCAAUCGGGAUGCCAGCAGACCUUUCAAGACCAUGUUCGUCAUGGAACCGGCUAUUGCAUUCCCCUUUAAGUUUACUGAUGUCGAUCAGUAAUUCCCAUUUUAUUCGUUGCAUUUAGUUGUGCAAUAAGUUCCUUAUAGCUAUAUAUUUUGUUUACAAUAAAUGUUUUCUUGAUAACACCGCCGGUAGAUAAGAUA